UCUCCUGAAACAAAAACCGACCUAAAGUUUGCACAUUGGUGACAAUGCUACUGCCGUACGUUCUCAUUAUUUUGGGUUUGUGCCCCUGUGAGGCGAUCUUUAGCAACGCUUUGAAAAAACUCAAACAGAAAUCGAAAGAAGCGUACAAGAAAAAAUUCGGGAAGGACAAGACUUGGCACUUUUUGGGCUUUGAUUUGACCGAAUAUCCCGGAACCAACGAGAAAUACCGCCAGUUGAAUAAAGACAAAUGGGGCGAUUAUUACGCCUGUUUGGAGGAGCAAAACUCGAAUGUGGGGCACGAUUUUUCCGUCACACCUGAAGCAGUGCAAGUGGUUGAGUCCGGCUCGGUUAGACUUGAAUGCAAACUGUGUUUAAGUCCGCUAGAAAUCGCCAAAAUUGACUCAGUUGAAUGGUUCUGGGCUGGGGGCGAAACAGCCAAGCUGAAACCGGUGGAAUACACCGAAAACAUCCUACUAUCACCAACAGACAGGUCACUGGACAUUUACAACUUGCACAAAGAACAAACCGGUCAAUACAUCUGCCGGCUUGGUAAAGCUGAAUCAGCUCCGUAUUUCCUCACUGUUAUUGAGCCCCAAGACGAGGAUUUGCGAGAAGUCCACUCGCUGGAAGCCCCCACAGGUCCAUACCCACAAAAACCGGAAGCCAUCCCCGGUUAUAACCUCAUUGUGGACACGGAAUGGACCCCCUGGACCUCGUGCAGCAAAUGCGACCAAAUCGGGCGAAGGCACCGGCUAGGCUACUGUAUCGUCAAAUACGAGAAAAACGCGGCUAAAUAUAUAACCCCCAGUAACAACACCAAUACCACCGAAGACGAAACGGUUACAAUAACCGACGAACAUUACGAGUUUUUACGAAUUUUCAAAUUUGGCAUUCCGUGUACUUCACACGUCUUGCCACAUUCCCUAAAAAAAUUGCGACACGUUACUGACCGAAAAAACGAAAUCAUGACCGGGUUUUGCAAGAUUAAAUGUCCCGAAGAUAAAGUUUUCGAAGUGCGCGAUAAAGACGGGAAUGUUAUCGAACGUGCGAAUAACUCGGCUGGAAUUUAUUCGAUGGUGCAAGGAAUACCGUCGUUGCAACCAUCGGUUGAAAGGUUGUUACAGUUUGGUGAAAAAGGCAAGAAAAUUGUAGUGGCAUGUCCGGGAAAUUUGAACACAGAUGUUCCGGUUCAAUGGCAAAUCGGGACGAAAAAACUCGUUCCCGAGCUUUUGGUUGCCGAGUCUAAGGGCCGGGUUUAUGUCAGUAUCACUGACAAGAUUCAUAUUAAAGAUGCAAAAAUUUCAGACUCAAAUAUUUACAGUUGUUGGCAGCACAAAGACCUGGCGGGGACCGUGCGCCUCAUCGUCGAGAAAAAAAUUUCGCUCAACUUCAACCACCACAUCAUGCUGAUCGGUGCCGUUUUAAUCUUUUCCCUCAUUUUAUACGUUUUUGCGAAAGCAUUUUUCCGUCGAAAAAUCGUCCGAACAGCCACAUAAAACUUACC